GGAAGGUGUUUUGAUUCAUUCAAACAUAUUUGAGCCAUCUUCUAGUCCAACAAAAUCUUCCAGUUUGUCCUUCUCUCGAACCGCGUUGGCUGCCUGCCACACAAUUGCCCGCCGCCCUGCCGCAGCCGAUUUUUUGGCGCUUGGAAUCCCUGCCGCAUCACGUUGACCACACGAACCAGCCCGGAACAGGUGUGUGCACGUGUUGGAGGCAGUAUGCCGCAUACGCCCUGGCCAGACGUGAAGCCUAAGGCCCUCGAUCAUCACCGGGAGGACCGCACGCCUUCGCCCACCCGUGUGCCCAGCAGCGUGACGACGCCGUGGCCGUCACCAGUCACCGGCCUGAGUCAAAGUGAGUUGGAGGAUUCAGGAGCGGAUGGAUCCAAGAUCACUAUGGCCCAGCUGCUGCAGCUGGUCGAGUUCAUCCACUUCUACGACAACUGGAUGCCUCCGGACGAGAGUUUGGAACAUUUCUAUUCUGAAUGGAACUUGAAUCCAAAGGCUGAGAAGAAAGAGGUGCAGUUCUUCGAAGAUCAAAGGCGUGCGCAUUUCUACCGCCUAGGCAUCAAAUUGGUACAUCCCUUUGGCGAGUUGCCAGAGGUUGAGGAGAGCACAUCGGCCAACUUUAUUUGCGUCUUUUACGUGGGCCUGGAAGACGAUCAGGACUUUUGUUUGGUUAAGCGGAUCUUGGGCAAAGGCGGAUGCAAUAUGAAAGGAGUGGCGCAAACCUUCCACUCGAAGGUCCGCUUACGCGGCAAGGGCAGCGGCUUUCUGGAAGGCAGCCACGCUUUGGAGUUGGAUGCUCCGCUGCAGCUUUGGCUGUCUUGUCACGAGUGGAUGAACUACGUCGGGGCAGUGGGUGCUUUGUACGAGCUCUUGCGGGACCUGCACAAGCACUACAGACGCUAUGCUCGCGCGCAGUGUAUGGAGCCACCUGCGCUGAAGAUCAUCUACUCCGAAGAGCGUCGACGUGACCUGGAUGCUGAGAGGAAUUCCAAACUGAUUCACGUGGAAGACCAGUGGGCAAGGCCAUCUUGGCCGCGUCGACGAUGGUGGACGUCCACGAGGGGAUCGUACGGGAACUUCCCUCUGCUGAAGAAGGCCACGAAGGAUUCGUUGCAGGCCGAUGCGGAGGCCGGAAGCGCCACGUCGGAUGCGCCUCCGACGGCGCAUGAAGAGCCAAGGAGGACGGCCAAGAUCUCGAAGGGAGUCGAGGUGGUGCUUCCAGUGGGCUGUGAUCCCACAGGUAAAGCUUUGCCCCCUUGCAGUUGGAACGUUGGAGGUCGCCGAGAUUCUGGCAAUUCUUGGAGGCACUACCCAGCUGGCUGCAUGGGUGAUGAUUGUGUGAAGAAGCCGUGGCAUCAGCUCUCAUGGCUGAAGGGCUUUGCCCCGGAAGUCGCGCGCCGCCCUGGGUCGGUCGCGCGAGGUCGGGUGCGGCGUGCGGCGAAAAAAGUGAAGGGAAGGGCGAGCCCAGAGGUCCAGGAUGUCUAGACCAGGCGCAGCUGAGAUCGGCC